AUGUCGAAGGCACCCACUGUGAGUGAAUUAGUAGGAACCGCUAAUAUUACUUUCAAGCCUGCCGUUACAGCACAUGUUGACGAUAGGGUUCGUCCCGAUUUUGACACUGAUGUGUUGUUGUGGAAGCCUGGCAAGCUGUCGAAGAAGCAGCGUACAAUGUCGAUAGGUUCCAGUGAUUCUGAAGAACUGCGUACCUCGUUGGAUUCCACCCGCUCUAACUCAAUCAGCUCACCUGUUGAUGUCCCCCGUACGCGCAAGUUCAGUCUCAGUGAAAUGAUAUUUGGCUCACCUUCGAAUGGGUUCAGCUGGGGACAAAACAACGUCGUUGGUUCCCCAAUUGAUGAGAGAAGAGAAUCCAUUACCGAGGUUGGCUAUUUCAUAGAUUUUGGCUUUUCAGAUUGUGAAUUCAUCUGUUUUAGGAUGCG